UCGAUCUCCAUACAUGCAGACACACUCUCUUCCCCUCCGAAUCCCAUUCAUCCCACAUUCAUAGCCUUUCCCUUUUUCGGGCCUCGCAAAAAUUCAUAAAGCUCCCACCUUUUUCACCCAAGAAUAAUUAAUAUUCAGGAAAACCACAAUACAUCGAUUCAAUUUCAUACAUACAUUAAUUUGUGUAUGGAAUCAUUCGCUUUCUCGGGACUAUUCGAGUUGGGGGGAGAGAGAGAGAAAACAGGAAUAUAUGCGUAGCGUAAAAAUUCUUGAUUUGACGUUUUGAUGUGCUGUCGUCUCUCAGGUUUCCGCGAUUGAUUUCCUGCUGUUCAACGGUCUUCGCUUCCCCCUUUUCACUUUCCCAGAUUUUCUUUUUUUCCAAAGCUAGAGAGAGAGAGAGAGAUAUUUACCAUGUUCUCUGCAUGUGAGAGUUAGGGGAUUUUGGGGGAAUUGGCAUUGAUGGAGGAAGAGGGAGGAUCGAUGGAGAAGGAUUUUGAUUCGAAGCUCAAGGUUGAGAGCAGUGAUACGCCUCUGAGAUCUAAGAGUUUUGCAUUCAGAGCCCCACAGGAGAAUUUCAGCAUCCAAGAUUUUCAACUCGAGAAGAUUUAUGGUGUUGGUUCUUAUUCAAAGGUUGUUAGAGCAAAAAAGAAAGACACUGGAAUGGUUUAUGCCAUGAAGAUCAUGGAUAAAACGUUCAUCACUAAGGAAAAUAAAACAGCAUAUGUGAAAUUGGAGCGUAUAGUACUGGACCAGCUAGACCAUCCUGGUGUAGUGCGGUUGUAUUUUACUUUUCAAGACAGUUGCUCCCUCUACAUGGCUCUUGAAUCCUGUGAUGGCGGUGAGCUUUUUGACCAAAUAACCAGGAAAAGUCGUUUGUCUGAGGAUGAGGCUCGUUUUUACGCAGCUCAAGUUGUGGAUGCUCUUGAAUAUAUACACAGUAUGGGAUUGAUACAUCGAGAUAUUAAGCCGGAGAACCUGUUACUUACUACCGAUGGCCAUAUCAAGAUUGCUGAUUUUGGUAGUGUAAAGCCCAUGGAAGGCAGUCGGGUCACUGUCCUUCCGAAUGCAGCAUCAGAUGAUAAAGCUUGCACCUUUGUCGGGACAGCUGCUUACGUACCUCCGGAAGUUUUAAAUUCUUCCCCAGCCACUUUUGGGAAUGACCUUUGGGCACUUGGAUGCAUCGUGUACCAAAUGCUUGCAGGAAUUUCGCCUUUUAAAGAUACGAGCGAAUGGCUUAUGUUCCAAAGAAUUGUAGCUAGAGAUCUUAGAUUUCCGAAUUAUUUUUCAGAUGAAGCACGGGACCUCAUUGAUCGGUUAUUGGACAUGGAUCCGAGUAGGCGACCAGGUGCAGGAAACGGUGGUUAUGCUACACUAAAAAACCAUCCUUUUUUCAAGGGUAUCAAUUGGACUAAUUUGAGGGAAGGAACAACCCCACCUACACUUGCUUCAGAACCGGGAUUGACAGGUGAAGACCAAGAUUCCUCAAUGAACCCAAAGCGUGCUGGGGAUGCUUCAGUGAGAACUUAUGACGGAAAUGGUGGUGAAGCUGUUAACGUAACUAGGCUUGCUUCAAUCGAUUCAUUUGAUUCAAAAUGGCAACAAUUCUUGGAGCCUGGAGAAUCUGUUCUUAUGAUCUCCUUGGUAAGGAAGCUACAGAAACUGUCGAGCAAGAAGGUGCAGCUCAUCCUCACGAACAAACCGCAGUUAAUUUAUGUCGAUCCUGCAAAGUUGGAGGUCCGAGGAAAUGUAGCAUGGUCCGACAAUCCUAAUGAGCUCAAUGUCCAAGUGAUGAGCCCUUCAAAUUUCAAGAUUUUCACUGUAAGUCAUGUUAUCUCGAUUUUAUACAGUUUUAAGAAGAAAACGAUGAAAAAUAUGAUAAACAAAUAACAGUAUUGAUCACUAGUCUCGAUUUUCAUGUGGUGGUCGUGUAGAAAUUUUCAAGAAUGCAUAGUCCUAUUCUAUCUACAUUCUACAAUUCAUCUAACAUUGCGCGUCUGGUUUCCUUCCUCA